CCACAAAAGCAAGAUUUGCGAGCGCUCCACCCUUUAUAAUAUUUUUUUAACCCUGGCAACAAUAGCCACAUCCGUCAAUCUGACAUUUACAUUUUUCUGAGGUUGUUGUCGUCGCAGUAAAAAUAAAUAAAUUAAUUCAAAAUAACACACUUUAACACUAUUAAACCUACCUUAAAAGCUAUGAUAAGUUUAUUAAAUUUAUUAUUUCUAUAUUCCACUUCAAAUCUCAUCCGUUUAGUCGCGCCGAGUGCUUAAAACUGAACCACCUUCGAGUUAUUUUUGUGUUCAAAUUACCUAUUUCUUAUGUAAACAGUGAUGGAAAACUGUUGGGAACCAUCGCCCCACAGUUCCCAGGAUUAUUAUCCGCACUACAACCUAUUCCAGAGCUCGAUAUUCUACGAUACCGACAACUUUCGUGUACCGUGUCUUUUGGAAGAUUCUGUGGCCUCGGAGAGUUCUGAGAAUGAGGAAAGGAGCGCGGAGCCCCCUGACAAGCCGCCGGAGGCACCACCGAAGGCCAAGCGGGUGAUCGCGAAGCAGGAGCUGUAUCGCGACCCGGACUUGUUCGGGAAAGAUGAUGGACAUUUAAACACCAAUGGUCCCAUAGAGCCUCCUAAUUUGCCACUGCCCCAGCCGUGGGGCUACGACUGGACCAAGCAGAGCUGGGUGAAGGAGGGUGCUCCGGUGGCCGACAUACUAAAGGACGAGAGGUGCACGCCGGAGAACCAGCCUGCCGCUCCGAGGGUUAACAACAGCAAGGCAGAGAGCAUGAUGCACAAGAUGGGUUGGCAGGGCGGAGCGCUCGGGAGGACCGGUGAUGGCAUCACAGAGCCCAUCACACCUAAAACUAUUCAUGCAUUCCGUCCAUCCCCGGGCCCCGGGGCGCGCUCGGGCAAGAAGACGAAGGCUCCGAGCAAGGCGCCCCCGGGCAAGAAGAACCAAACCAUGCGCGACGCCUUCCGGACCAACGUACUGAUGCAUAUACUGGAGUUUGUGCAGGAUGAUACCGAGACGGAGCUCCUCUUCGACACGUCGCUCCGCCAGCACGAGCGGCGCUACAUCACCAACAUAGUGCACUCGGUGAUCAACGACGAAGUCCUACACGCCCUCACAUCCACCGCCCAAUACGAACUGGCCAGGGACAUACACAAGCAUAAUAAAUACUUGCUGGAGUGUGCUCAAGGAGAUAACCGCCAACUAGGUGUCUACAAAGAAGCCCCCGAAGAUGUCUACCUCGUCACCCCCGAAGACUUUUUAUCCAAAGACGACACAGACAGUGACAAAAAUGUCACUAACGACGAAAAUGUCACCCAUGACACAAAUGACAAAGUCAACGGUGAUAUGGAAGACGACGAAAACCCUUUUCUUAAAAGCAUUAAAAAGAGUAUUAAGAAAGACGAUGAACCGAAAUUGAGUAAUAAGUUUGAGACGGAUUGUGUGAUAGAGAAGGAGAGGGAUCCUAAAGUAGUAGGGGACAGUAAGGGUGAUAUUCCGGUGACGGCCGCUGAUAAGAUGUUGGAAUUUUUUUUGGAGUUUGCUGAGACGGAGACUUAUAAGGAGAUGCGCUUCCUAGGCAGUUUCACCGACGCCCAAUCGUCAGCCAUCCACUCGGUCCUGAACGACGUCCCCUCGUGGUCGCUCGGCCGCGGCCCCGCGCCGCCGCGCCGGCGCGCCGCCGCCUUCUACAUACGGGACGGGGUCAAUGGGACCCCUGAGAUCCACAAGGUGCCAGCGAGCCCGGGCCGAAAUCUGGGAAAAACCUAGAUAUUGUUAUUAUAAGGUGGGCCAAUUCUAUACUAACUACUUAGGAAAAGCGUAAAGAACCCUUCAGGUCGGGCUUAGUAAAUCUCAGUUAUUAAUUAAUAGUAGCCUCGUAAUGUACCCACCAUACAAAGUUUCCCUUUAAAUUUGAACCUUUUUAGAAAACAAUGAAACAAAAGAAAUUCUACUUUAUUUAGUAUUUAAAAGGUUCAAAUUAGAUUGAAACGGUGUACAUUGUGAUGCACAUUGGGCGUUACGAGGGUAAAAUAAAUGAAAGAAUCGUGCCUCGAAUUUGACAGCUAAAGUAGACGUCGCCUGUUCAGCCUUGUAGUU